UUUACAAAGUGUUUGUCAGAGUCCCCUUCAGUCCUGAGUACACUCUGAGAGAGAGGGGACAAGGAGGGCGAGCCUCUCUGAUCAGAUUACAGUAAGGAUUUGUGCGGCUGUGACCAUGCGUGUGGUGAUUGUCUUCCUCCUGUCUGCCCUGCUGCCACUUUGUCGCUCCCAUGGACGGGACCCCUUCUCCUGGCUGUACGGCCCACAGAGCCUGAGGUUUGGCUCCCUGCAGGCAGACAACACAGGAGGGUGUCCAGAUGAGUGUGACUGCCCCCCCUCCUUCCCCGCCGCCAUGUACUGUGAUGGGCGCGGCUUGACAGCCAUGCCAGCCAUCCCCUCCCGUGUGAAAUACUUGUACCUCCAAAACAAUGCUAUCACAGCUGUGCCAGACGCAGCUCUGGUAAAUGCAACCAAUCUGGUGUGGCUCAUGAUGCAUCACAACCAGCUGACGUCUGACGCCAUUGGCAUGAAGGUAUUUCUGCAGUUGGAGAAACUGGAGCGUUUAUAUCUACAACACAAUAACUUGACCAGCGUUCCCUCAAACCUCCCUCGCACGCUGCGAGACCUGAGAAUCAACAACAACAAGAUCGAAAAGGUAACAGCUGCAGACCUGGAGGGCAUGGAUAACCUCACUAUUCUGUAUCUCCAAGACAACGCUGUUACGGACAUGAGCACGUCACUGAAGGCGCUGACAUCCCUCACACUGCUGGACAUCAGUGGCAACAAGUUGACGAAGGUCCCAGAGGCGCUCCCCGAACAUCUGCACCAGCUCUACAUGGAGUUCAACUCCAUUGAUUCUCUACCAGAGGGCUUCCUGGGCAGUUUCACUCAGUUGCAGUACAUCAGGAUGGCUCACAAUCAGCUGACAGACAAGGGUAUCCCUGCCAACACCUUUAAUGUGACUGGGCUGGUGGAGCUGGACCUGAGCUUCAACAAACUGGAGAGAAUCCCCCCAGUGAGCACCACCCUGCAGCAUCUCUAUCUGCAGGCCAACCAGAUCAAAGAGUUCACUCUGGGUAGCUUCUGCACCGUUACUGAUGUGACCAACUUCUCCAAGCUGCGGACACUGCGACUGGACGGUAAUGAGAUCAGUCGCCAGGACAUCCCUACAGAGUCCGCCCUCUGCUUGCGCCAAGCUUCCACCAUUGAGAUCUAAACUGUGCGUAUGACACAAUAAUGUGUGGCACUCUGUUCACUAACACAGCUCCUGCCAACAAUGUGACAUAUUUUUUGUGAUACUUACUAAAACCAAAGCACAGCAGGGGCCACAAUAUAAUUCAAUAUCAACAGCAGUUCUCACUGUAAUUUCUAGUAUUCACAUCACAAUGAAGGCAAAAGUUUUCAUAUGUGGUUUUUAGAUUUUACAGCAAUCAGAGACGCUUUAAGAUAUUUCAAAUUUCACAGAAAUGUGUGUGUAAUAAUAAGAUAAAGUAUGAGCCACAUGUUUGUUUUUUGCAUAUUGAAAAUGACCCUCAUCCUCCUUAUAUUAUUUCACUGAGGAUCAGUAACGUUUGUAAUCAGUGUUUUUAUCUGUCCUUAUCUCUUUUCCUACAAAGCAUGCCUUCUAUUGUUUUGUCUGAUAAGUUGAUGAAAAAAACAUUAUGUAUCAUGUAUAGUGUAAAGUUUAAUUUCAAACCAUUUGCAUGACGAUAUCUUCAUCACUUCAAAGAUUUUUUUUUCUUUGUGAUAAAAAUACUGUGAUUGUUUCUGUAGAGAAUCCUCAUCUCAUAGUGAAUCACACAUACAAAGGACUUUGGUUGUAUGAAUUAUGCUUUUUUAGUUGCUGUAUGCAUGACAUGGAUCGGUCAUCAUACUGAUAAAGAGUUUGUGUUUAUGAGCCUAUUACAAAACAAAUAAAAAUUGGGAUUUUUAAAAAGA